AUAGUGUUGCCUCUUCAUAGGCGGGUCGGACUGUUUUAUAUGUAGGGAAUGAAUGAUAACUAGGAGAAGUGUUGAGACUUCGUGUAUGUUUACGGAGUUUUUCUUCUCUUUGUCAAUUGAUUUUGGGAUCUAACUUUACGUAGCAUAGUGUAGUACUGCCUCCGUUUUAAAUAAUUUUUACACUUUUCGUUUUAGUCAUUUUUAUAAUGUUUUUUAUAUUGUGUUUUAUUAUGGACAUGAAAAAUUACUAUCUUACUUUUCAUAACCCACAACAUUAAUUUACAAUUUUCCACUCAAUUUCCUUUAUUCAUUAUUUUCUUACACCCAACCACUUUUAUACACAUUUAUCUUAUUUCAUCCGUAUUUUAUUAUAUUCACCCACCUUUUUACACUCUGUCUCUCUAAUCUUACUAUUUUUACACUCUUUCUCUCUAAAUCUUAAUACAUAUGCAAAUAUUAACUAUAAAAAUUAUUUUGAAAUGGAGGUAGUAUAAGUUUACACUUUUACAAAGCUUAUCUUCUUUCACUUUCAUAAGCACUAUCCUAACCACCCAAUACUCCCAAAAUAAAUAAUCAGGCUAAAUGUUGUCCAGAAAAAGGUCUCUCAUUAACCAAUUUACACGUUUAAGUUUCAAUCAUACAGAUGAGACAUUUAAGCUAGUUUUCAGCAAAAUGUUGAAAUCUGUUGAUCAAUCUUGUACUUCGUAUUAAUUAUUAUAGAUCCCAACAAAGUUAUCAAAUCUUCAUAUUUGGUAGUUUUGUUCAUUGGUGCACAAUUCAAACAUGUCAACAGAAUUUCAUGACGGAGUCAAUUCCUCAUACUCAGAUUCAUUAUCACCAUCCAUUCUACUCUUACUGUUAUUGUUGUCAUAUGGCUACUGCUAUUUCAUUGUCAAGAAGCUGCCUAAAGGCGUACCAAGGCUGAUAUCUCUCCUUGGUGUAUUCUACAUUCUGUAUCUCACCCCUUGGUAUUUCCCUACCUCUAUCUCCCUUCGAGGGUUGUCAUCUUUCUUUAUUUCUUGGAUUUCCUCUUUCAAACUCCUACUCUUUUCGUUUGACAAAGGUGAUCUUAUCCUUUGUGAUAGUUAUGCAAACUUUGUGGUUGUCGCUGCAUUUCCAUUUAAAGUCAGAAAUAAGUCAAGUAGUAGUAGUACUGAUAAUCUGUUUUCAGAAAAUGUACUGCAACUACUAGCACUAGCAAUGUCAGUAUCAAUUUUCGCCCUUUCUUUUCGCAAUGCAGUAAUGUUUCUCCUAGCAGUUUUACUCGUCGUCCAUCAAAUGUUGCCGCAGUUAGUGCCACUACCUAUCCUGAAGCAACCCUACAGAGCUACAUCACUUCAAAAUUUCUGGGGCAAGAGAUGGAACAGAGUUUCUUCAGACAUACUGAGACACACAAUAUAUGAUCCAACUCGGAAACUACUAGAAGGUUCCACAAGGGUUGGUCUUGGUCCUAGUAAGGUGGUUGCAUUGGUUGUCACACUUGUGGUAUCCGGGAUCAUGCAUGAGAUAAUGUUCUACCACAUGACUUGUGGGAUGAAGCCCACUUGGGAAAUUACCAACUUCUUUGUUCUACAAGGAAUUUUCAUGGCUCUUGAGAUGUUAGUCAAGAGGUUUUGGGUUCGAACCCUAGGAUGGUCACCGAUCCAUCCGGUUGUUUCGGUGCCAUUAACGCUUGCCUUUGUAAUAUCAACUUCCUAUUGGUUGGUUUUUCUCCCUGUUUGGAGAAUAGCAGGGAGGGGAUGUGAUAGGAAUGGUGUAUUUGGUUCGUAGAUUUUUGGUAUAAGAUAUGGCCAGACCUGUUCAACGGGCCGGGUUCGGACUGGUAUAAAAUCGUAUUAUGUUCUGAUUUGAUUUAUGUUUAUUAGAUAAAUAAAAGUCAUUUGGAACUUUGGUUUUAA